GUCUUCGGCAGUCCUUAGAGGAAAGUGUUUUUGGUAGAUUCGUACUGAGAACAAAGCAGGCACCGGUGUGUCGACAUAUUGUUUUGUACGUGUGCUUUUAGUACUCUAUAGAACAACCUUUCGAUAAAAGGAAGAACAAGCCGGCAGUGUGGCGACAGAACAGUGUAGCGACAGAAAGAAAAACAACGACGAGCACCAAACGCCGCCCGGAAGUAGUCAACCAAAAAAUAAGAAGCUAAUCUUCAACUCCAAGAAAAAGCGUUAAAAUGGCUUCCGGAGUAACCGUAUCCGAUGUGUGCAAGACCACGUACGAAGAGAUCAAAAAGGACAAGAAGCAUAGAUACGUCAUCUUCUACAUUCGGGAUGAGAAACAGAUUGAUGUCGAAGUGAUUGGAGACCGUAAUGCGGAAUACGACAGCUUCCUCGAUGAUAUACAGAAGGGUGGACCAGGUGAAUGCCGAUAUGGACUUUUUGAUUUCGAGUAUAUGCACCAGUGUCAGGGAACCUCGGAAAGUUCGAAGAAGCAGAAGCUUUUCCUGAUGUCCUGGUGCCCAGAUACCGCUAAGGUUAAGAAGAAGAUGUUGUACUCGAGCUCUUUCGACGCACUGAAGAAGUCGCUUGUGGGUGUGCAAAAAUACAUUCAGGCCACUGACCUCUCGGAGGCAUCGCGAGAAGCAGUCGAGGAAAAGCUGCGCGCCACUGAUCGUCAAUAAGGAAAUAAUACUACUUAAGAGACGCACACAACAAACAUACAUUUACACACAUCAACACACGUGCUUGAGGAAGAAUACUACACUGAAACAAAAUAUGAGAAAAAAAAACUGAAGGCAAAGAAAGCUAGCAUGUGAAAUCAACAUCAACAUUUAAAACAAUAACAAAACACAUCAUCAUUGAU